AUGGUGCUAACCAUCAGCACCACCGAUCAGCACCACGCCGUCAGGAGGCAGUUGGUGGUGUACCACGCUGCUUCCCAUCAGCUGUAUAACAUCUGUAAGAGGAAGAAGAAGAAGAAGAAGAAUUGUGAUUGGAUUUUACGGCAGUUUCCCAAACACCGUCUCGUUUACGGCAGAGGGGUCUGUUCGCUGAGCAUUACCGGCUGUGAGAAGACGGCGCUCCUGAGCGUGUUGGCGCUCCCGCUGCUGAGGGCCGUUGGACCGAGGGCCGUCUCCAUGGCGUCUGAGACGUACGCGGCGGGCACUCACUCCGCCGCCUUCGUCACCUGCCCCAACGAGGCCGUGGCCAAAGACCUGGCCAGGGCCAUCGUGGAAAAGAAGCUGGCCGCCUGCGUCAACAUCGUCCCCGCCAUCACGUCCGUAUACGAGUGGCAGGGUAAGAUCGAGGAGGACACCGAGGUGCUGCUGAUGAUCAAAACCAGAAGCUCCAAGGUUCCCGCUCUGGCUGAAUACGUGCGGUCCAACCAUCCCUACGAGGUGGCCGAGGUCAUCAGCCUGCCCAUCGACCAGGGGAACCCGCCCUACCUCAAGUGGAUUGGACAAGUCGUCCCCGAGUGAGGACGCACAGAGGAUGACCUCAUCGGUUGCCCCCGGAGACGCAUGGAGACAAUAUGCCAAAACCUGUCACGUGAAUGAGUGACGCUCUGAUUAGAUUCAAAAUAUCUAAAAGGGUUCUCUCUUGUUGGGAGUCCUUUGAUUGGUUGAUAGGUGUUUCUCCAUCUCCUUGUUGACCUCUAGAGGGCGACCUCGGCCUUUGCAGAAUAAACUGCUGCAGCUCCAACUCGCCACAUACAUCUUUAAAUGGGUCAGAUUUCUCAUUUCGUCAGUGAGUGAAGCACUUUGCAAUAAAGUGGAUCCAUUUUUUAAUGGAUUUUAGCGGUUUCCUGUUGAUCAGCGUGUGUGAAGUGGAGUCACGCUCAUGUUACAUGUACACACUAAGGUCUCUUCUUUCAACACAUCACAUAACAGUAAAUGCACAUAACAAUGUCCUAGAGGAGCUGCAUGGAGAAUGGAAUAUCCUUUAUGGCUUCACAGAACUUGUUCUUCAUCCCAAAGUAUCUGCCACUAUUCGCAUCCAGUAGAGUUUUCGAAUUCACUAAAAGAACAUCAUGCUGCAAGAAGAAGAAGACUUGAAACUAGAGACUGAGACCAUAAACUCAUGUUUACAAUGUUUACUGAGGGAAUAAAUCAAGAGAGAAGUAGUCAUUUCCUCAUUUUCUCUCCACCUGCUGGUCACUACACAGAAUGCAGCUUCAACACAAGAAGCUCGGAGGACCAGAAGUGACCCGAGCUGCCUCUGCCUUUUGUUGAAAAUGAAGCUACUCAAAACCAUUCAAUUAGAGGUAAAUGAGCUCAUUUACCAGAAUGUCAAACCUUUCAAUCAACCUGCAUGAAUAAAAAAUGCGGAACACAACAUUAAAACUAAAAUGUGAGAAAG